UAAAGUUUACAUAUAUUUUUACUCGUGGAUUCCUAAUUCAAUAUUAUAAAAUAGUAAAUUUACAAUUGCUCAAAAAUUCAAAAUAGGAUUUCAUAAGAAAAUGACAAUGGAUGAUGUUCAUCCGUUUAUAGAAGCUUUACUACCACACGUUAAAUCUUUCGCUUACACCUGGUUCAACUUACAAGCCGCUAAGAGGAAAUACUUCAAAAAACAUGAAAAGCGUAUGUCCGUCGAGGAAGAAGAGAUAUGCAAGGAACAAUUGCAGGGCGAAACGCGUGAAGCCAAGCUUAAAUGGGCUGUGCGUUUGCUGGGUAAACUGCGCAAGGAUAUAACCGCCGAAAGCCGGGAAGAUUUCGUAAUGUGCCUCACAGGCCGGCAGAGUCCCAAAGGGAAAUGCUUCUUAAGUAACCCGGAUCAGAAGGGUAAGAUGAGGCGCAUAGACUGCCUAAGGCAAGCCGAUAAGGUUUGGAGGCUAGACCUCGUAAUGGUGAUUCUCUUCAGGGCCAUCCCUCUGGAAAGUACCGACGGUGAAAGGCUCUCCAAAAAUGGAGGAGAAUGCCGACUUUCGGCACUGUGUGUUAACCCUUAUCAUAUCAACGUCGUCAUUCGCGAACUCGAUCUGUAUUUGGCAAAUAUCGUCUCCGUUCACGAACCCCUGUGCGAUUUUUGUCCUACCUGUCAAAAAAUAGUCACCGAAUCUUCUAACGUCAUAGUUAAUCCCGAGCAGCACAAAGCAUUAUUAACCUGUAGAUGUUCCUUUCAUUGUUUGGAUCCAGUGGUUUAUCAAACUGGCCCCUUUACGGCAAACGAAUUGGCCGAAUUAUGUUCAGAAUCAAUUUUAGGCAGCGGUUCCAAUAACCUCACAAAUGGGCUCUCUAUGGUAAACAACAUAAUAAUGAACCACAAAUACAACAUACAUCCCCACGGACAAAAUAACACCCGCCCUGGCUUGAGUCAAUCGAAUAAUCACUAUUUGAAUAAUAAUCACAACAACAAUAAUAAUGUUCCCCUCAACUCUUUCGCCCACACCGUCAAAGUCGAAAAGGGCGACGUCAACAAACUUUUGCAGAGACAGAUGCUGCUCUCAAAGAUACACGAAAACGUCGGCGCCAGCAUUCAGCAAGUCUACAAUAAUGGCGGGACUAAUAUUUAUAAGCCGAAAGACAAUGGGGCUACCAACAUGGCUACCAAUAAUAUGCAAAACAAUGGGAUUAAGGGGCAACAACCCGGUGGCGCCAUGCAGCAACAACAACAAAUGUCUAACAAUAACAAUACCAUCUCUAAAAGAGGUCAGAAACGGAGUUCUAAUUCAAUGAGUAUUAUCGACGAGUACCUCAGUAACCAGGCCUCGGCGGCUCACUCUAGUCAGCUGCUUAGUAAUAUAGAGAACUCUAACGUUUGGAGACCUAACAAUAUUUUCAUAACCAACGAUUUCCUUAACAAACAGCACCAACAUUUUUCCUCGUUCGAUGCCCCCCUGAGUGGUAAUAACCCGUAUCUGUCCCAAACCAACGAUACUAGCAGAAGGUCUUUGCCUCAAAAUCAACCCCAGAACCAUAAUAGCCUUGACAAUAAUAAUAAUCAUCAACCACAUCAUUCCCUAAUGGAUGGUUACACUAGGGAAGACAAUAUGCUGGGAAGGAGCAACAUACAACAAGCUAACAAUAAUAAUCUCUCUUCAUCUCCAAAUAAAAAAAUGACAAGUAUGGACGAUUUCAUCAAUCACAACAAACCGGGUGGGUCUCAACAAAACGUUAACAAAAAUAAUGCAAUACCCGAAUCAGAAAUACCUCUAAAUCAUCAUUACAAUAUGCAAAACGAAAAUGAGUCUAAUAAGAUUAUACGCGUCGCUUCAAACAACGAUCAACGUCCUAGCAGUAUUGCCUCCCGCCCUCUAUCCUCCAUAAAUAACCUGAAUAGUUCAAAUCACAAUACGAGCUCUAACUUCAACAGCAACCAAUCCAGACUCCUAAAUGAAAAGGGCAAAAAUAUGACGGGAAUUUUAUUAAAUCUGAACAAUGCAAAUAAUGUUAAUAAUAUGGAAGCUAAUAUCAAAAUGGAGCAGGACUCACCGACCUCUUCGACCUCUUACACGAAUGAAAUAGCAGGUAUGGAUAAAGACUAUCCAUCGAGACCAAUUAGGAAUGCCGCUGACAAUAUUAAUCACGGCGGCGAGAAUUUCAACUCCAUGACCAUGUUAAAUCCUCUCACCUUCUUUGGGAGCAACCAAAACCUUAAUUCUCUGAAAGAAAAUUCGAAUCACAUGCAACCGCUUCAUCAUAACCCAUUUGGAGGGUCGUCUUUACUUAACCCUAAUCAAGUAUUUUCGUACACCAAUUUCAGCCCUAUAAACCUGAGCGGGAUAGUUAGUCCGACUACAUUUAACCUAUUCGCCUCACCCCUUACCACCCCACGUAACACGCCUCGUUCCAGCCCUACCCUAAGAAGCUUAAAUGGAUAUAGCGGGAAUUCUAAUAUGGGUAACAACGGAAAUUCUUACUCCCUCAACAACGGAGGAAAUACUACCUCUAAUAAUCCCAACAGCCAUCUUAAUGGCUCUAAUGGGAAUAUGGCAAAUCAAAGUAAUCAUUCCCAUUCCUUCUUAGGAUUGGACGAAAGUAUGGAUUACUCUGUCCUUUCAAGCUUACUACCCGUCGUAUUAGCCGAUGAUCACAAUGAUAAAUCAAACUCGUUACCCCCACUCCCUAUCAUAUCGCCUACCGAUUCGGACGAUAAUAUGAGCAGUCCUUUGGAUCCCACCGAGAGAAAAGAUAUCGCGACCCCUCCUUCCGACUCCUUCAACAAUAAUGAAAGUUCCUUGAUAAUAAAUAGUGAACCGGAAGCUAAAAAUGAUAGUAAUAAAGAUAAAGAUAGCAGGAUUGAAAAUAGUUACCUUAACAGCGCGAAUUCCAACACCGAUAAUACGAUUAGUAAUGGUAAUACCGUGGACAGUUCUGGCAUUGCAUCGUCUUCUUCUGGCAUAGUGAAUAGUAACAGCAAUAAUUCUUCGUCCACCGACUCUAGUUUAGAAUCAUCUAGUGGAGAAAAAGAAAAAGGAACAGACCUUAUAAUGGCUGUCGCAAGCUAAACAAAUUAUUUAUGACAAAAAGAAAAUGUAUUCGCGUAUUGCAACCCGUUGAAUAAAUUAAUAUCGUAAUUUUAAUCAACUCGGAUUUUACACUCAGACAACAUCUUUGUUUAAUAUUUAAUUUAUAUGUAAAUGUUAUUAUUGGAAUAUUAAUUUAUUUAAAAAAAUCAAAAUAUUAUUUUUUAGUGGAGGAAUAAUUAGUUCUCCUUUACUUAAUCAUGUUAAAUAUUUUUUUGUUAUUUUAUUUACACACACACAGAUAAACAUAAGUAUUAACAA